AUGCAGGAAUCUGACGACGUGGCAUUAAAUUUCGGAGAGGAAGAUGAAAUUGACAGACGAAAAAAAUUAAAACAUCCGAUUGCAGUGUUGUUUCAUCUUUGUUUCCGUACUGCAGCGUUAUUAACCUAUUUAUUGUGUGGUUGGUUCAGUACUAGUGAAAUUACUAUAUUUGUUGUGAUAAUAGUGUUGUUGUCAAUGGACUUUUGGACAGUUAAAAAUAUAACAGGUAGAUUAUUAGUAGGUUUAAGAUGGUGGAAUUAUGUUGAUGAUGAAGGACAUAGUAAAUGGGUAUUUGAGUCAAGAAAGGGAAAAAAUCAGCAUAAAACAUCAUCUGUAGAAUCUAGAAUCUUCUGGUUAGGAUUAAUUGUUCCAGAAAUCAUUUGGAUUGUGUUUUUCUUUGUUACUAUUUUUACUUUAAAAAUUGUGUGGUGUAUGAUAGUGAUUGUUGGUAUUUUAAUGAAUGGUGCUAAUGUAUUUGGUUAUGUUAGAUGUAAAUACGGUUCUCGACAAAGCAUUACUUCUUUAGCAUCUGGGUUUUUCACUUCCCAGUUCUUAAAAUCAGUAAGUAGCAACUUCUCUAAAUAG